UAAUAUAGUGCUUCACGUAUUAAGUUAAUUGUACAGAUGUUGGGCGUAGCAAAAGCUAGAAGAUUGAGAUAAAGGCUGUAAUAUUUAUACAAAACAGUCUUAAAAUUACUGGAAAGCUCCGUAAAUGCAAAAGAAAGUGAAUGUGAUUGUAGGCAAGAAUGCAUAAAUUAUACGGUAAACUCAGUUUAGGAAGAUAAAAAUAUAAAAUGCUUUGGAAUGUUAAAACAUUAUACAAGCACCAGCUUUGCAUGGUUUCAUAUUAUAAUGUAGAAAAUUAGUGCCAGUCGCAGAAGCGGCUACUUAAUUUGCGAUUUAAACAUAUGUAUGACGGCUACUGUAAUGACCACCCAAAUAUCUGCUAUCGCCGCGUCAUCUCACGCUAUUGAUUCGUCGCAGGCAGCAAUCACAGACCACCGGUUAUUAAAUAAUACGUCAAACUCUAACGUAAUUCUACGCCCUUCAAAGCGUACAAAAGCAGUUUCAGCUAUUCCGAUAUCAACAAUUCGGGCCCAGUCGCUUAGAUCCAAUUUGCCUUUUGUAAAAAUAUUGCAUACACCAUCUGUUACUUUAGCUAGAUCACUUAGCUGUGUUGAAGAUAAAUGCUCAAAUAGAAUUGUUGCAGCCGUCGGAUUGACAACGAUGCAAUGCGUUGAUAAUAGCACUCAGACCGAUACUAUGCGUAAUACAGCGCCAUUAAAUAAUGAUCAGAAGGAUUUUUUGUCUUCAAAAACACAAAAUCAGAGCUUAAUGUUUAAUGAGAUCAGCGAGAAAAGCGGAGGAAUUAUAUCAAUUACACAGGAUAGAAAAAGUGGGAACGACAACGAAAAGAAUAUGUUGGAAAAUAAAAAUUAUUUCUUAUUCAGGGAAAUGGACUUUAUAGACAUGAAGAGUGAAUGUAGUAGAAGUAGUAAUGACACUUUAUCUGAAACAAAAAGUCUCAUUGAAUGCGACAAUUCUUUUAAGAAAUCGGUUAGAAUUUUGGAAGUUGAGAAAUCUGCUAUAAAUUCUGAUAAUAUUUUUGGAUGCAAAACUCAUACUAAUACUGAAAAUUUUUUGGAAACAGUUGAAUGUACUUAUAAUGAUACACCACAAUUUAAUUGUGAUUGUGACCAAACUUUAGCAAAUUGCACCUAUCAAGAGCGCAUUAUUGACUAUGACAAUUUCCGGAUAAUAGAACACGUUAUAGAUUGUGCAAAUGAAAAUUUUUGUAAACAUGGUGAGAAAAUGAAAUGUGAUAGCCCUUGGAAAGAUACGGAAGAGGACAGCAUAGAUCAAACUAAAGAAAUGAACUUAUCAUGUCGAGAGUUAGUUGCAUUUAUCGGUGAAAGUUAUCAAAUUAUUAAUAAUGAACACCAUACAAUAAUGCAAAACGAAGAGCAACCAGAUAAAAAUUUACCUGUUGCGUCGUCAUUGAAUUUAGAUGCUCACCAAUCUAGUAACGAUAAUCACGAUAAUAUAUAUAGUUCCGGUGGAGUAAGUAAUGACCCUGUACUAUUGGAUUCUCAAUAUGCAAAUACGAACUUAAAUGAAAAUUUGGAUAACAAUAAUAACAAAGGAGAAGCACAAGUGUUUAAUGGAUCAAAGAUACAAUCCUCCAAAAAUAACAUGCAAAUAUUAAGUACGAUUGAAACAAAUAAUUCAGUUUCAAUUGAGUCUCAUGUCCAAUCUGAGUCAUCAAAACGUAAAGAGCAAUCGAUGUCAACAAUCCAAAAUGCCACACCAUCUAUGGCAUUAGCUCUGAAGGCUCUUAAAUCCAAACUGACGCCUUUGGCCCCAUCUUUUCAUCCAGCACGAAAAAUAUUACAACCAACUUCAUCCGCAACUACUGCCUCAUCAUCCAUGUAUGCCUACGAGCAGACAGCGAUCUAUUACCAACAAGAGCCACAACUGCCUAAACCGCAGCUACCGCGUCUACAACAAUUAGCAACUACAACUGCUGUGCACAAAACGAACAUACAUCAAUAUCCAGGAUUGCAAGAAGAACAACAACAGCAGCUGCAAGUCUUACCAGUAGUUCAACCAAGCUAUUCCAAAAAUUAUUUUCAACACCAACACUAUUGCUCAUCAUUAAUACAAAAUUUACAACAGGUACACAAUUUUGUAAUAUCCUCUAACGAACAUCCUCAACAAUGCGAUGAAUUGAGAAAUUGUUCGCAAACUCAUCUGAAUAGUGCUAAUAGUUCAGUUGCUGUUGCAAUCCAAACAAGCGCCUUGCCCGUGACUGUCGCCAAUCCAACUCAGCAAGCUCAACUGUUCCCGAUUCAGUUGAUUUCACUGGGCACUCCAACACUAGCAGCCGACUCGAAUAGUAUUUUUGGACAGCGGCAGGAACCAUGCACCACUUCUACUGUGGUAUCCUCGGUUGGCAAUGGAGCAGCUCCUUGGCCACUUUUAGAGGCAGCACCUGUUUUUAUAAACUCCCAUGGAGAACUCCACACUCUCUGUCCGACACAUGGUCACGCGGCCUUAAAUCCACCAUCAGAGGAGGCCGGGCCCAACCCACAAUGUGUAUCAUUUAAUCAAGCAACCCUCAGCUCUACACGAAGUAGCAUUUCGCAGUCUUUACAUUCCAAGCAGUAUCAGAAUCCGCUACAAAAUCAAACUGUUCCAGUGGCGAAAGUUAAUACGACCAAUCAUCAGCUAGUACAAAACUCAAAAGUAAAGAAUCAAAAUCAGAAUCAAACUCAAAAUCAUCAACUACGUCACCAACAACAGCCUCAACAAGCCCAGGCGCAUUAUCAACAGCAACAGCAGCAGCAAAAAUUCGAUUCGGGCAUUAUACUAAACAUUUCUGGCAAAGGCAAACUCUAUCGAGAAUUCAGACAGCUACCGGAUUACUAUUAGUUUCAAUAGUUCGGCUUUAACUCAUAAUGUAUAUUAUAACCUAAUUAAAAAGAAUUUAAAUAAAACUGC